AUGGUCAACACAUCCGUUCCCGAUCUCGAUGCUGUAGGCAUCAAAGCCGAGCCCGAACUGGCGGAUCAAUUCCGCCGGGAGGUCGCCACCUUAUUGGGGCGCAAUAACCUCAAUUUCCCCGGCGCACAACCGGUCAGUUUUUCGAAACGGCAUCUCCUCGAGCUCCAACGGGAGGACUACUACGUAUGCGAGAAAACGGACGGGAUUCGAUGUCUUAUGUACUUCGCACGCGGUGAAUCCGAGGAAUCACCAGAAAUUCACUACCUGAUCGACCGCAAGAAUGACUACCGCUACGUGCCGGGCCUGCACUUCCCCCAGCCGGGCGACGAGACGUUCCAGUCCUUCCACGUCGAUACCCUAAUCGACGGCGAGCUGGUCAAUGACACGUACGAGGACGGCACGCAGCAGCUCAAGUUUCUCGUGUUUGACUGUUUAGUUUUGGACGGGCAGAAGCUCAUGCACCGGACACUGGACAAGCGGCUGGCGUAUUUCAAGGAGAAGGUGCUAAAGCCGUACAACGCGCUCUAUAAAAAAUUCCCCGAGGAGAAGGAACACCGCGCGUUCGCGGUGGAGGACAAAUCCACGCAGUUCAGCUACGGCAUCGAAAUGAUGUUCCGCGAAAUCAUCCCCAAAGUCAAGAAGAUCCACGGCAACGACGGCCUCAUCUUCACCUGCCGCAGUACCCCCUACCGCAUCGGCACGGACGAGCACAUCCUCAAAUGGAAGCCCCCCUCCGAGAACACCAUCGACUUCCGCCUGCGUCUCGAGUUCCCCCUCCUCGAACCAGACACGGACGACGAAGGCGACGGCAUCACUGAGCCCUACCCGGACUACGACGCCGUUCCGAUCUGCCAUCUGUUUGUCAUGCUCAACGCCAACGAAUACCAGCCCUGGGGGGAGAUGUACGUCUCCGAGUCGGACUGGGAGGCCCUUAAGGCCCUGCAGGUCCCGCUGGACGACUCGAUCGUUGAAUGCUUCAAGGACGAGCAGGGGAGGUGGCGGUUCCAUAGGCUCCGCGACGACAAGGCCGACGCCAACCACAUCUCGACCGUCGAGAAGGUUCUCGAGAGUAUCGAAGACCGCGUCACAGAGGAGGAUCUCAUCCGCGUCGCGCCGGCAAUCAAAGCCGCCUGGAAGAAACGGCAGGCCCAGGCCGCUGCCGAGGAGGAAGAACGCAGACGCCGUGCGAGACCGGUGCCACCCAGCGUGAACGGAAAUGGGGUCAAGAGGAAAUUCGAGGAGUAG